CGCCCUUUGUUUGUAUUCAUAAUAGCCGCCUCCGCCCGCCGUUCCCUCCUGCUACCUGGAAGUCUGCUUUGCUAUUUCUGGUCUGGACUGAACUGUUUGUUUCCAUUCCUGCUGCUUGCGCAAAGAAACGGGAGGAAAAAAAAAAAGACUAGUUAGUUGUUGGUUGCGAGAUCGCUCCUUCAGCUCCUACCUUACUGUACUACCACCACACGUUUCUCCUACUUGCGCCGCAGCGAGGUGACAUUCACGCCAGAUCCAGACAAGGACUAGACUUAGCAAGACUGAAAGACGGCUCGGCUGCAAAUCAUGCCCAGCAUGACGUCGAGUAAGUUGUCGGUCUCUCGCGCCUCUCUUAAGUCUUCUUUAAGCCAUUUCUCCUUCUCUUCUUCACAAGUCAACCUCACCAACCCCGUCUCGCCCAAAUCACGCCGCGAAAGGCAUCACAGCGUAUCCGAGCCUGUACACGACCAAGCUACCCACGGAGACGCCGCCGUCGUCAACGCCAACGGUUACACGUCCUCCCGCCCGCAGCGUCCCGCAUCCCCGAAACGAUCACAGACUGAUACUACCGUCAACUCGCCAACGACAGCUGCGAAAAUCAAUGCCGGAACCUUGAACGUGACGCUUGAAGAGAAGGAGAAGCCCUCCGAGCCAGUGCUCGCUCCCACUCGACCUCCCAACAACAGAAAGUCCCGAUCUUGGGGCAACCGUCUGUCUGCUCUGUUUCCCUCGCUCAUCAUCCAACCCACAGAUCAGCCUCAGACUCAAUCACCGCCUGCCCAGCCUCAGCUGCAGCAACAACACCAAGUACCGAUUCACCGCAAGCCGCUCCCCGACGACACUCCUCCUGCCUCGUCUCCAUCCGACAGCGCGCCCUCCUACCACACGGCUGAGCAUCCCACCGUGAGACCUGUGACGAGCUCCGGCCUGGGUCUCGGAAUUGCUCCUGCGGCAUCUGAAUCCCUCGACCCACCUCCUCCGGCUGCUCCCUCUGAUGCACCGCCUCCUAUUCCUAGAAAAAUCGCCCCCGCACCUCUAGACUCUUCGAUAAUAUCAUCCCCCGCUGCCGAUCAGCCUCUGGUCUCUCCUCCUCAACCUCCAACACCUACGACACCAAACAUGGCCGCACCGUUGCCGCCUUCUGAGGCGCCUCCGCCAAUUCCCGCCAAGCUGCGCAAGGAGAAGAACUUGCCAACGCCUCCUGCAGUAUCACACACCAAUGAUGCUCCUUCGCCCAGAGCUGUUUCUCACCCAGAGGCGACCUCACCCGCGAAACUGAAGAAGGAAAACGCCGCCGAGCCUAGGAAGCGAAGCAGCUCCUUCCUCGAAAACCGAAAAUCCGCAUUCCCUAUGCUGGGCGUUCGCGCGCCUUCGCCAGAUGCACGGGGCAGAAGCACCUCUGCACACCCACCCGGAGCCAGAACCGACACUGGAAGCUCACACCACACCGGGUCGAACGAGAGCCACAGCCCGACCCGCGAUGAGAGACGUGGACGCUUGCGCAGAUCUUGGCUGCCAGGUGGCGGCAGAUCAAGGUCGAACUCGCACGACGUUUCCGCGGCCGUGAAGAACUCACAGGCAUGGGUCUUGUCGCCUGACACGCCUGGCGAAUACAACACUUCGUUCUUGCUGAAUGCUGAAAAGGUCCCGGAAUUGUGGAACGAAAACGGCAAUGUCUACGUUUACCUCCAACCCAGAAGCAGCAAUGCUGGACCUUCCUUCAAGGUUCCAAGCUUCUCCAUCAUCAACUCGGUCAUCUUUAACGAGCUCAUUCAAGCUGAAAUGUCCUCACCAUCGGGACGGAGCCGGGGUAGGAGUUUCGGGGGUAGUCUGUCCGUCGACGAUGCGCUUGUUCGGGCGACCAUUUCUGGGUCCGGCUCGCCUCCUGCAGAAGACCCAGAGAGCCCUGGCGAAGGCGAAUUGAAGUUGUAUCUGCCGGCGACGCCCCCACAAUACACGCAACCCGGAAAUGGUCUCGCCGCGCCGGGACCACAGCUCCGUGCCGAAGUCGACCGCGCAAUCGCAAUUCGCAACCUCUUUGCAUUCUUGACCGGCCAGCCUCUGGUGGCCACUAAGGCGCAUCCUACCACCUUUGCCGCCUUCCUGCAGAUCUCCAAGUUGCUGAAGGAGUACGGCUUCACCAACGCGGAUGGGCAGUCUUUCGGCGAGGCUGUCGACCUCAGCUUCGGUUUCUUCAUGGAACAAUUGUCGCUCGCAGAUGUUCGUCACAGCCGCGAGAAGACGCUCGAGUCAUUGAUUCUGGGUGAGAGCAUGAAAUCAAUGGACUUGUACAACGAGGCUUUCGCGCACGCCGUCGGCAAGUACACCGCCAUCCUCGACUUGAACUCUCCUCUAUUCGAGCAGGUAUCACUGUACACCAGACAACGACUGGAGCGCGCACAUCUGGAUCUCGUCAACCGCCAACACAAUGUCAACAUUAGACUGGAGCGGUUCGAGUUCCCCUCAUUAUUCGCAGGUAUCGCCAGCUCUACGUCAGACCCUGGACUCAAGGCUGUCCGCUUCAAGGUGUGGGAGAAGUAUUUCAACAAGAUGAAGCAGUUCGUCAUGGGGUACUACAAGACCAACUUUGGUGCCUGGCCCCCCAAGGCUAGCAGCAAGAAGAACCCAUUCUCUGAGAGUGGUCUCAACCGUUUGGUGUUGAAGGCGCUCUACUCUGACAUGACCGCGCUUUACGAUCUUCUGGUUGAUCGCGAAAACAUCACCACCAGAGUGAUGGAUGGAAAUACUGAUGAAGAUUCUGCCAAAUCCACGGAUCCUCUCUCAAUCGUUAAUCUGCGCAAGAUGCUCACCGAAUUCGACAACUCUACGCCUCCCGUACUGCCCCCGAUUCCAUUCGAUGUUCCCAAGUUGCCCACAAUGACGUCCAUUCUCGCUACUUACGAUAACCUGUCAGUCAAGGAGCAAGCCAAGUUUGACAGAAAGAUCAAGGAGCACGAGUUGACGCUGGUCAUUCAAAAGGCGUACAAUUGGGACGCCAACAGCGUGAACAUUCCCUUCCUCAUGGAGUUCAAGGAGUUUGAGCAGCAUGAGGCAAAGGGAAAGAACGCGGCAGACCUUGCUGAUCAGCGCAUCGGCUACUGGCUCUUCCUCUACGUCGUCAUCCAGUCGCUGCCCAUGCUCGUGGUCGACGCGCCGAACCUCAAGUUCAACGAGGGCGUCGAGUACUUCCUCUGUGAGCCGCCUAUGGGUAACCUCCCUUGGGUCGAGGAUGCUCGCCAGGUUCGCAAGAUGUGGUACGAAGUCUCUGGCGGUAAUGGCUAUGUCGAGCUCUCGGCCGACAGUGUGCUGUUCAGUGUGGAGGCUGUCUACCACCGCAGCCACUGCUGGCUCGCGGCCAAGGAGUGGGAAGGACUGUCCGGCGCGGACGCCCCACCCCCACAAGACGCUGGCAUGUCUCCUCUGGAACCGCCCCGGCCUGUUUUCCCUGGUCCGGAUGGUAUCGUCGGCAGCCCCCCGGCCCUCGGAACAAGUGGCACCCCGCCCACACCUGGGUCUCCACAGUCCCAUCUCCGGCCGCGUAAUGCUUCGCCAGGCGGACGUCAGCUUGGCAGCCGCAAUGCCGCGCACCGUUCCAGCAUGAUCUUCGGCCUCGAACCCGUUCCGUUUGAUGAGGGUCUGCCUGGCGACCGCAACUCGCGCGUCGGCAGCGCGCGAAGCAGCUCGGCCGGUUCCCGUCCUCUGAGCAUGGUUAUGCCGCGCUCACCCUCUGCCACAAACUUGCGCAACAUGUCUGUUGACCACACCCACGAUCCCGCCACGUCUACCAUGACCUUUGACGACAUUCUCGGAGGCGGAGGCGAGGAUAAGAAGACGACCAAGAAGAAGAAGGGCAAGUUCUUCUAAGCGAUUUGCUACUUGCCUUGAGGUCUUUCA